CACUUUCGUGGGCUGUUAGCUGCAACGAUUUGGACAGUCACCAUUGCAACUUGCAAUCCAACAGACGUUAAAUAUUCAAUUCGGUUGAAUUACUUUGAUCUUUUGAGAAAAUCCGCUGCGAAUAAAACAUAUUACAAGAGGCGAGCAACAAUUACGUAAAAGAUGCACCCCAGCUGGUUAUUAGUCUGCUUGGUGGCACUGCUGAUGCCCAUCACCUCAACGGCCUUUAAUAUAUUGUUCAUGGGUCCCUUUCCAGCGCCCAGCCAUUGGAUGUGGCUGGAGCACUUUUUGCGUGAGCUGCUGCAGCGCGGUCAUCAUGUAACGGCUGUGACCAAUCAUCGGGCAAAAUAUACGCACGAGAAUCUGACAGAGAUCAUCAUCGAGCCGCAAUUCGAUAUACCCUACUAUUUUCCCAAAGAGAACAUUUUCAAAAUGCGUUUCGCCAGCGAUUUCCAGAAUUUACAAAUGUGGUUUCAUGUUGGCUUGCUCACCUCCGAGCAUGCGCUCAACGAUCCCAAAGUGAAGGCGCUGGUCGCGAGUAAAAAUCAGCAAUUCGAUUUGUUGAUUUUGGAGCAAUUCUUCCAUGAGAGUUUUCUGAUGUUUGCGCACAAAUUCAAGUGCCCUGUGGUAACGUUGGGAACUAUGGGUUAUGCAGAUAAUAUGGAUCAUGCGAUGGGCCUGUUGACACCGUGGUCUUUUAUACCGCAUUUGCUGCUCUCGCAUACAGAUGAGAUGACCUUCACACAGCGCGCUUACAAUACCUACUUAUCACUGUAUGAUGCUGUGAUGCGCCGCUGGUUUUAUAUGCCCAAAAUGCAGGAGAUGGCCGAACGACAUUUCGCCGAAGUUGUGGAUGGUCCCUUGCCGCAUGUGCGUCAAUUGGAGAAAAACAUUUCGUUGAUGUUGAUCAACAGUCAUCGCAGUGUGGAUGUGCCGCGUCCCAGUAUGCCGGGGCUGAUAAAUGUCGGUGGUAUACAUAUAAAGGAACCGAAGCCGUUGCCACAUGAUCUGCAGAGCUACCUGGACAACGCUACCCAGGGUGUGGUUUACUUCAGUCUUGGUUCUUAUAUGAAGAGCAUCGAUAUGCCGCAAGAGAAAAUCAGUCUCAUCCUCAACGCUUUCAGUCAGUUGAAACAGAAUGUUUUGUGGAAAUUCGAGAACUCAUCCAUCGGCCAUCUGCCGUCGAAUGUGAAAAUCCAAAGUUGGUUGCCACAGAAUGACAUACUCGCACAUCCAAAUGUGAAGGUCUUCAUUACACAUGGCGGCCUUUUCGGCACACAAGAGGGCAUCCAUUGGGGUGUGCCGAUGUUAAGCAUACCCCUGUAUGGCGAUCAACACCGGAACACAAUCAAAUCGGUGCGUGCUGGCUAUGCACGCACUUUGAACUUCGGCCAAAUGACCAGCGAGGAUUUGGUACUGAACGUACGACAGCUCAUCAGUGAACCCAGUUAUAAGCAGAAGGCGCUCGAAGCAUCGCGCAAAUUCAGAGAUAAUCCAAUGCAUCCUCUGGACGAGGCUUCAUUCUGGAUUGAGUAUAUUGCGCGGCAUAAAGGAGCAACGCAUUUGAAGUCCCACGGCGCCUUCAUGCCACUCUACCAGUAUUUGCUGUUGGACGUGUUCGGUUGUGCGCUCUUGAUCGCAUUUGUAGUGAUUUGGCUGCCGCUGAAAAUGCUCAAACUAUUGGGUAGCCUAUUGCAGCGUAAGAGCGCUGAGGUCUUACGUAAGAAGCGUCAGGCAAUGAACGAAAGCAGCAGCAGUGAUCCGCCAACUGAAGCGAACAAUAGCAGUCAUAUUUCUCAUAAAACUGAACCAAACGAAUACUUUAAAACAGAUUGUACAAUGUUUUUACCUGUUCGACUCUUAGUGAUUACGCUUAUUCUGUCGCGCUACGCUUAUGGCACCUACAACAUCUUAUUUAUGGGACCCUUCCCAGCGCCAAGUCAUUGGAUGUUUAUGGAACACUUUCUGGAACAACUGCUGCAACGUGGCCACCAUGUCACAACGCUCACCAAUCAACCAGCCAAGCAGCAGCAUGCAAAUUUAACGGAAAUCAUUAUAGAACCGCCGCUGGAUCUAGCAUAUUACCAUCCCAAAGCGAACAUGUUUAAGAUGCAGUUCACCAGUGAUUUUGAAAACUUGCAUCUGUAUUGGGAGAGCGGUUUAACGAGUACCGAAUAUGCGCUCAAUCAAACUGAAGUUAAAUCACUUAUUGCCAGUAAGGAUCUUCAUUUCGAUCUUGUCGUUUUGGAGCAGUUCUUUCAUGAGAGUUUACUUAUGUUUGCACACAAAUUUAAAUGUCCUGUCGUGACGCUGGGCACUUUGGGUUACGCCGAUAAUAUGGAUCAUGCCAUGGGUCUGUUGACGCCCUGGUCAUUUGUGCCGCAUUUGUUUCUUUCUGAUAUAUACCGUAUGAAUUUCUAUCAACGCGCGUAUAAUACAUUUCUUUCGUUCUAUGAUGUGGUUGUGAGACAUUGGUAUUAUUUGCCGCGUAUGCAAGCCAUGGCGGAGAGGCAUUUCAAUGACUAUAUCGAAGGUCCUCUCCCACAUGUGAACACGCUGGUACAAAAUAUUUCACUAAUGUUGAUCAACUCACAUCGCAGCUUGGAUGCGCCACGUCCGAGCAUGCCGGGCUUAGUGAGUGUCGGUGGAGUACAUAUCAAACCAGUCAAGCCGUUGCCAACGGAACUACAGCGCUAUCUCGACAACUCUAAACAUGGCGUCAUCUACUUCAGCCUUGGCACCUAUAUACACAGUACGGACAUGCCCAAAGGACACAUAAAAAUUCUACUCAACGCCUUCGCGCAACUCAAACAGAAUGUCUUGUGGAAAUAUGAGAACGCGACGCUCGACACGGACCUACCGCCCAAUGUGCGCAUCAGCAAAUGGUUGCCACAAAAUGAGAUUCUCGCACACCCCAAUACGAAGUUGAUCAUCACACAUGGCGGCAUCUUUAGCACACAGGAGGGUGUCUACUGGGGCAUACCACUGCUCUUCAUACCGAUCUUUGGUGAUCAGCAUCGCAACGCCCGAAAGGCGGUGCAAGCUGGCUAUGCGCGCUCGCUGCUCUUCGACAAAUUGACGAGCGAGGAUUUGGUGCAAAACGCACAGCAGCUGAUGAAGGAACCGCUAUAUAAGCGUAAAGCUUUGGAGGCGUCACAACUCUUUCGCGACAAUCCCAUACAACCGCUAGAGGAGGCAACCUACUGGUUGGAGUAUGUGUUGAGACAUCGAGGCGCGCCGCAUUUGAAGUCGCAUAGCGCGUAUAUGCCGCUCUAUCAGUACUUGUUGUUGGAUGUGUUGGGUUGUACGCUCCUGUUGUUGUUAUUGAUUAUUUUAUUGUUUGUUGUAAUCGUUAAAGUACUUAAGAGUUGUCUGGCAGAGAAGCUUAAGGCGCGAAAUGCGCGCAGAAAAAAGCAAAAAUAAAUUUAUUGUUGAGUGAAAUAUUACAUUGCGUCUAAGCAUUGCGCGCAAUUUUAUAUUAUAAAAA